AACGGGUCUCCUCCUCCUCCUCUAUAUAAACUCCACUUCCCUCCCUCAAACCCGACUCCGAUAACCCGUUAUGGCCCCUGCUCGUCGUCUCCCUCCUCGCAAGCUCCUCCUCGACGAUGACUCCCUCGACUCCGCCCACGACCGCGCUCUCGACCCUUACUCCUCCGACGACUUCCGCAUCUACGACUUCAAGGUCCGCCGCUGCGUCCGCGGCCGCAGCCAUGACUGGACCGAUUGCCCCUUCGUCCAUCCCGGAGAAAAAGCUCGCCGCCGUGACCCCCGUCGUUUCCCCUACUCCGGUACCCCCUGCCCCGACUUCCGUCGCGACGGCUCUUGCCCUCGCGGUGACGCCUGCAACCUCGCCCACGGCGUCUUCGAGUCCUGGCUCCAUCCGGCGCGCUACCGCACCAUGCCGUGCAAGGAUGGGAUCCAGUGCCGUCGCAAGGUCUGUUUUUUCGCGCACACUCCUUCUCAGCUCCGCGUCCUCUGGCCUUCGUCUCCGACUUCAACGUUGCUCGGGGUUUCCCGGUUCUCGCCGCCAAGGUCUCCGUCAGUGUCGCCUCCGGUAUCGCCGUCGAUUGGUUGGUACGCGAGUGAAGAGAGGGAUGCACUGAAGGUGUUCGACGAUUUGUUUAGUGCUUUGGAGAGGAUGGCGCUGGCCGAGCGCUGCAGCGCGGCGGAGAAGGACGGGUGUUGUGGGCCUGAUCUCGAAUGGGUCGACGAGUUGCUUAUGUAAGUGCACGACUUUUGAUGCCAUUUCUGAUCGUUCGAUUGCUUGUGGUGAUGAUUAGCGAACAGAGGGGGAUCUGGUAAACGCCUUUGAGGGAUGUGAUGCACACCGCUUUGCCUGGGGAAUGGGUAUGGCCGGUUACCUGUUUAAUCUUACCUCCUCCUUUGGAAAAAUCUCGGACGGUUGAGAUUUUUA